CUGACUGUAAAUAAAUUCCAUACAUGUUGUGCAAAAAAUGUCUACAAUUAUAUCGGAAACAGAUUAAAAUGAUGGUGAACUACAGUCUUCCUUGCUUCUAUUAAGUUAGAUUUCAUGACUCAUAAACGUCAUUAUUUUGACUUUAGGUUUAAUUUUGUGACAGUGACUAUAAAUUGACACGAGGGGUGAGUGAGUGGACAGUGAGUCAUUCUAAAAUCCAAAUCUGAAAGAUUAUAAUGAUUUUAAUGGUCAUCACACGAAGUGCAAUCUUAAGAUAAGUUAUUAUUAUCGUUUGAUCUGGUUAGUGGAUUGUACAAGCUUACAUACAAACAGUUAUUAUACAUAUAUUGUAAAUUGUAUAUCUACCUUCUUCAACAUUCGUGGUGUGAAUUGCCAGAAGAGCAGAGAUCAACAUAUGUGAAUGAGGUCUAUGUUGGACCUCCAAAAAAAGAAGUCAUAGGUCGGUCAUUGAUAUUGCAUGUUAACAUUGCAUGACACAAGAAGAGAGGAACUGCCUGUGAGAGAGCGAAACCUUGACCCUGACUUGAUCUUCAGUCGCAAACUAGCAAAGCGUUUCGAGAUGGAAAUUAAACCAUACUUUAAUUUAUAUGUUUUCACUGUUCUUGUGAUCUGUGUGAGAAGCAUUUCCUCUGAUCCGGACAAACCGAUAAGCUUUCAAACAAUAGUGCUUACAGGAGAGGUGAAUAAGGUGGACACAAGACUGUUGAAUAACACGUUCGAGUACGUGUAUCAGUACACCUUCAAUAUUAGUACUUUCAAAGUACCCUGGAACGAUUUCGAUGAAGAUAUAAGGGUCCAUGUAAGCACAACUAAUAAAGAUACUGAAACUCCAGUUUUAUUCGUGGUUAGACAAAAGAAAGCCGUCCUAAGCUGGCCCCUACCUAUCCUCUCAAAUUUUGACAACAAGUUAUACAAUGUUGCUAGUCGAACUUUAUGCGGCGAAGUUCAAGAAGGUGCAGCUGAAAAAACCAUCUACGUAAUCGUGUCCACGUCCAGUGAGAAGAACAUUUCGUUUAGUAUCCAAGUCUCCUUGGAGCAUAAUUUCAUUAUGAGACUGAACGAGAGCUUAACUACUGAUGUGUCCCCUUUAUCUCCAAGGUUCUAUCGCUUUGUUUUUCCAAGUUCUCCAGUAAACCGAUUUGUCCUUUUGGAAGUCGUAUCCGAAGAUGAUCGAUGUAUGACAGUGUCAGUGCAAAAUGCUUCGUGUCCAAUCUUGGACCAAGAAAACAACGUACAAUUUGAAGGCUACUGGCAAACGAUGAAAAGAAAAGCUGGAAUGACUUUGCGGAAAGAAGAUUUUCCCAACGGGUUUUACGUUGUUUUCGUCAUGCAUGGCGACAAUAGCAGAUGCGACAGAAUCUCAAACAAUGAAGAAGAGUACACUAAUUGGAUGUGGACAUGGUUUGACGGCGACAUACCUCGAGUGAAGAAUGUAAAAUUCAUAGUAACAGAAAAAAUCUCCGACCUCGAAUAUCUGGCUGCAAUUUUUGGAACCGUUGGAUUUUUUAUGCUUUUCUAUUUGUUUUCGUUCAUAGUUUCAUGCGCUUAUUUAUGCAGAAAAGACCUACCACCUGUGUUUCCAAUUGAAGAAGAUGCACCUGGAACAAGUCAGACUGCUGGUCGUGGUCGACGUGGAAAUAAUUAUCCAAGCCACCCGGAAACCAAUACUCGAAUUGAAAGUGAGAUAUGUCCAAUAAUUCAAUCUGAUGAUGAGGUUGACGGUGAAAGAGAUCCGAGGAAUGCUGAGCCUAUUGUCGACGAAAUGACUAGUUCUGUCGCAUCUAAUAACAAUGCUCACGACGAUCGUCAACUUCACCAAGCAACUGGGGAUGAAGAUUCUCACUGGCUCGCUUCGGAUUCAUCUCUCGACGAAACUGAUAUUGAUAUGUUGGAAGAUGCCAUGCGAGAUAAAAAUGUCUAUCGAACGACAACCGGCGUGACUCUGUCUGCCUUGGCACGGAAAAAUCCCAGGAUAAUUGCCAAAAAAUCCCAGCUGUACCUGUGGACAUUGAUGACUGUCGCUAUAUUCUACGGUUUACCUGUUGUUCAGUUGGUCUUUACUUAUCAAAAUGUACUUCAUACAACGGGUAAUCAAGAUCUGUGUUACUACAAUUACCUAUGCUCACAUCCUUUGGGCCUUUUAAGCGAUUUCAAUCACGUAUACUCAAAUACCGGAUAUAUCAUGUUGGGAUUUUUAUACCUCCUGCUUGUUAUGCGCAAAGAAAAGAUUCACGAACGACUUUUAUGCCGUUAUCCCAACCUUGAUUUGAAAUACGGAAUUCCCAGCCACUUCGGUCUAUUUUACGCCAUGGGUCUGGCUUUAAUUAUGGAAGGUGUAUUAAGCGCUUGUUAUCAUGUUUGUCCGUGCAAAUCGAAUUUCCAAUUUGACACUUGCUUCAUGUACGUCAACGCAAUGCUCCUCAUGCUCAAAAUUUAUCAAGCAAGGCAUCCUGAUAUCAACAUUAGCGCUUAUAUGGCGUUUGCUGCACUUGCAAUUGUUGUUCUGCUCGGGGUUGUUGGUGUACUUGCUGGAAACAUUUACUUUUGGGUGAUGUUUAGUAUAUUUCAUGUUCUCAUGGGUUUUUACCUAUCAGUGCAAAUUUAUUACCUUGGACGAUGGCGAUUAGAUUGCGGCAUGUUUAGAAGAAUUUACAAUACAUGGAAAAAUGACUGUUUUGCAAGCCCUCUGAUGUGUCUCCGUCCACUUUAUAUUGAUAGGAUGGUUCUCCUUCUCAUUGCCAAUUUUUCCAACUGGGGGAUAAUUUAUUAUGGACUCUAUGAUAUGAGUCAAGACUUUGCCUCUCAUCUACUAGUCAUCUUCAUGGUUAACUUAUUUCUGUAUUCAAACUUCUACAUAAUUAUGAAGGUAACUCAUCGGGAGAAGAUUACCUUCCAGCCUUUGGUCUAUAUUAUUCUUUCUGUAAUAUUUUGGACAUUGGCAAUGUACGUGUUUCUUCAAAGAUCUACUUCUUGGCAAACGACUCCUGCAGAGUCCAGAAACUUCAAUCGCGAAUGCAUAUUGCUAAGUUUUUUCGAUGGACAUGACGUGUGGCAUUUUUUGUCUGCGGCCAGCAUGUUCUUCUCAUUUAUGAUUCUGCUGACACUUGAUGACGAUUUAAUAUUUGUUCCAAGAACGAAAAUUCCAGUAUUUUAAAUAAAGAAAAUUCUGGAUUUGGUCAGCAUAUGACUCUUUCGUUGACCCUGGUACAUAUAUGUACAUAUGUAUUACAACCUUUAUUAUUAAAAAUCAAACCUACUAUAAUACCAUACUGUGAUACUUUCAAUAAUCAAGACUACAUAUGUAUGUAAGUCGAAUUAGUAACCGUGUCGUGCUCAUUACUACUUAUGGUCCUGGAACCUUUGUUUUGUCUAAUCAUAUGUACAUGUGCCAGUUGCCCGAAUUAUAGAUUUGCACAUAUUCUAAACAUUUAUGCAUGUUUUAUCUAUUACUUAAUGUCCUACACUUUGGCAAUUAAUGUUUUUUGUACCAAUUUAUUGUUAAUAUAAUGAGUCUACUUCAUACGAAUAAUAAAUCAAAUGUUCAAUUAGACUA